GCAGCCGGGGAGCCAAUUAGCGCUCCGCGAGGCAGCGGCUACUUCCUCGUCUGCCCGGCUGCGCGCUCUGGACAGCUCUGUCGGCCGCGGGGCGGGGCGGGGCACUUCGCCGAGCUGCUCUGCCUGCCUCUGCUCGUCCGGCUUCCCGGGGUGGACGCAGGUCCUUGAAGGCGCACCACUGCAAACCAGACAUAAAGAAACUCUGAGGCGCCCGGAGUGCCGGCUGGAGGGGCAUUCGGUUGGCUUUUCGUGCGUGGUCUUUAGAAUCAGCCGCUCCAGGAAGAGAGAUGUCGAAGCCGCCACCCAAACCGGUCAAACCAGGGCAAGUUAAAGUGUUCAGAGCUCUUUAUACGUUUGAACCCAGAACUCCAGAUGAAUUGUACUUUGAAGAAGGUGAUAUUAUCUACAUUACUGACAUGAGUGAUACCAAUUGGUGGAAAGGCACCUCCAAAGGCAGGACGGGACUAAUCCCAAGCAACUAUGUGGCUGAGCAGGCAGAAUCCAUUGACAAUCCAUUGCAUGAAGCUGCAAAAAGAGGCAACUUGAGUUGGUUGAGAGAGUGUUUGGACAACCGAGUAGGUGUUAAUGGCUUGGACAAAGCUGGAAGCACCGCCUUGUACUGGGCUUGUCACGGGGGUCACAAAGAUAUAGUGGAAGUGCUAUUUACUCAACCAAACAUUGAACUGAACCAACAGAACAAGUUGGGAGACACAGCUUUGCAUGCUGCUGCCUGGAAGGGUUAUGCAGAUAUUGUCCAGUUGCUUCUGGCAAAAGGUGCUAGAACAGACUUAAGAAACAAUGAGAAGAAGCUGGCCCUGGACAUGGCUACUAAUGCUGCCUGUGCAUCUCUCCUGAAAAAGAAACAGGGAACAGUUAUCUUUCUACCCAGUGACCUUGCCCUCAGAUGCAGUCCGAACAUUAAGCAAUGCCGAGGACUAUCUUGAUGAUGAAGACUCAGAUUAAUUCCUUUCCAGAGCUUUGAGAUCUAAAACUUGUGUUGCUUUUGCCAUUUCAAAACCUUGUCUUUGCCAGAAGAGUGUUGGUAACUGUAAAAAAAGAAAAAAAAAGUCUAUAUGAACGUGGCAGUAUUGCACUGUUUGAAUAAAACAUGUAAAUGAAUAGGUCUCACCUUCAGUUUGCCAAUAAGUGACUGGAUAUUUUGCUGUAUAAAGUACAUUUUUGUUCACCAGAGUAGAACAAGAAGAGAUUAUUUCUAUUUAUCAAGCUUAAAAGAAUUUUAAGAAAUUUUUUCUUUAAAAAAAAUCGGGAUUUUUUUUUUUAAAGUUCUUUACCUCAAGGAUUGAGAUAUUUUGAAUGGAUUUUUCAAGGGGGGAAUGCUUAUUAUAAUAAUAAACUGAAAGACUUAAUAGAAAAUCGUCAGCUAUUCUGACAAAAAUAAACAUUUUAAGAGACUUUAUUUCCUUUGUUUUGUGGUAUCACUCUUUGCUGGUAAAUAAAUAAAGCUUUUUAUAUUUAUAUUUAGGUAAAGACUGAUUUGAUUUUUUAAAUAACAUUUUGUAUUAUUAGCACAGAAGAAUCAUAGUAGCCAAAUUUUCUUUCUUUCUUUCUUUUUUUUUUUUCUGGAUACAGUGUAUUUUGUUGAUGGUACAUGACAAAGUAGGGCUCCCUAAGCCCCUCCCCUUCUUUAGGGGGUCUGGGAUGGAAAUCGUGUGGAGGUCGGGAGAUUCUCAGUGUCUUGGGGGAUCCAGUUGGCAUAGUAGCCAAACUUCUGUUCAGCCUUCUAUAUCUGCUUUGAUUAAAGUGAAGACAACAGUCAUUGAGGAGAUACAUUUCUAAUAAAAUAUAUAAACUUUAAUAAUUAUGAGACUUUCAAUUUUCUCUCCAAUGUUGGCCUUAAUAUGAAGAAACCCAGCAACUCAUUAAAGUUUGCUUAAGGUUUAAAAGAUUAAAAAAUUGAUUUCCUUAUUAUGGAAGCUGCUAUAAUUUUUCAUAGUGGAGUAGCGUUCAGUUUUUCACUUUGGUGACAAUUAUUUUCUCUAAACAUGGCUCUACCUCGUAAUGAUCUGGAUUCUUUUGCUAAAACAUCAGUUUAACAUUGCAGGGAGCCUUCUGUACUACUGAAGUGACACUUCAUUUGAGAUUCUAAUCUUGUAUCACUGCAGUGAUGAUAUUAGAAAUGACACAGCCAUUGGCAUUUGCCCGGAUUCCAGGCCCCAGACCCAGAAGUAUAUUUUGCAAGAAGCCUUUGAUGCUAAUUUCAAAAACACACAUUGAUGAAGAGAAGAAAAUGUCUGAAGAAGGAAGUGGGUUAGCUCAGGAAAUGAAUAACUGCCUUUAGAGGAGUUUCCUCUGUCUGUGACUUUGGCUUUUCUCUCUGUGGGUGCUUUGAGAAAGGAUACCCUGAGAAGCCUGGUAGAGGUCUAUCAAAUACCCCAAAUACAUUUUAGUAGAAGGACAUCUGUACAAGUAGUAACAGCGAAAGAUGAGCACAAAAUCUAAAAUUAGUAUUUUAUUUUCAAAACAAAUGUGUAAAUUUUAAUUAAACAUUUUUAUUGCUUCAUAAGCAUAAACUUGAAUAUAUGAAAUUCUCAUUGAAAUUCUGUUCCCACAGAACCUUUUAAGGAUUUGUUUUUUAAAAUAGGGCUUGUGCCUUAACAAAAAGCUUUUGGAAAUCUCUCACUUUUUACUCUUGUAUACUUUGGACCGGGGGUAAUCAGGAUAGAUGCCAACUAAACACUCA